CGUCCAAUUGUCUAAAUACCAACCACUCACAUUCAUUCCAUCAGUAUCUUCUGCACUCAUCGUUUAUAAAUGUCUUCUGCUGUACCCCUUCCCCUCUGUAAACUACCAUUUCUUGCACUCUCUGCUGUAACUGCUCAUUUGAAAACCAUGGAUAUUUUUACACUUCUUGCAACUUCAAAAAAUGCACAACGCCUCGUUUCUCAGUCAAUGAGAAACUUUGAUAUUUGGAAGACAAAAAUGAAAGAGAAAUGCUUCAGGCUAUAUAUUGUUGCAAGUGCCGAUCAUAUCAAAAUUUCUAUGGCAGACCGAAUGUUCUAUAUCGGAAACAACAUUGGCAAAUUUCGAGAUAAAAUCAGUUACAUAUUCAAAUGCGUUAAAGUGUAUAGAUAUGAUAUUGAAGUCAAUCACAGAAGGGAAGAAGAUGUCCGCCAAAUUUUGAACAUUUUACGCUCCGUCCGUUAUUGUACUAUUUCUAGAAUGUCCUAUACAAACCAAAGAAUAUCAGGUGAAACGUUCCAAUUGUUCGCUAGACUUGGGUCAUGGAGAUCCUCAUUGCAUGUUAAUGUGACAAAUCCACAUUAUACAAGAGUGCAUUUGGGGGAUUUGAACUAUACGAAAAUCAUUUUGAAUGGUAUUAACAUCUCUAAUCAAGAAUUGAACGAAUUUAUCGGUAGAUACGAUGGUGGAUGCUCCCGAAAGAGUUAUAUUGAAGCAAAAGGAAUGAGCAGCAUCCUUGUAAAGUCUGAGAUUUUGAAGUAUAUUAAAGCUAGAGAAAUAAAGGAUGGUUCAGUUUCCAAGUUUCACGUAACAAAGAAUUGUCGGACCAGAGACAUUAACUUGGAAGUAUUUAUUGGGGAACACUGCGUGCAGCUGCAAAAUAAUUCAUGUUCUGACAGGUUUUUUUAAAUGUAAAAUAUACAUAGUUUCACUGUUUAAAACUUUCUUGCAUCUCAUAUACUUCUUUUUUUCAUUUUCAUUUUCAAAACAAACAGCGAGCGGCUCUCUUGGUUUUGGGAAACUGAUCGCGGGUUGCUUUUUUUUAAAUAAAUGUUUUUCUUC